AUGAUCAAAGCAGCUCUUGUUUUUUUCGGAUUCACCGCCGCCCAGAGCAGUCCAGAUGACAUUCAAGCUGUUUAUGGGAUUCAAGUCCAGCCUGAUCCGACUGUUGUCACGGAAAGAGCUGUUGUCGAUCCUGAUGCUGUUGAUUCUGCCUGCACCACUUGCAUCGCUGAGAACUAUGAAGACUGCGUCGGAAACGCAACAGUAGUCGACUGCCUCGCCAAUGAAGAAAGCUGCCAGCUGAUUGAAAGACGAAGAGGCGGAGUUGUCGAAUUCGUCGAAAUGGGCUGCAAGGCUCUUCAAGCGUGCGAAAACGACAAGAAAGACAACCGAAAAAUGUGCACGAAACUGAUUACCGACAAAAACGACGCGAUUCGACCUUCUGUCUGCCGAACCUGCUUCGCUACGGAUGCGGCUGGUCGACAAGCCCAAACUGAUUUUUGCCAAACUGUGAAGGCCGAGAUCAAGGGCAAGUGCGCUGCUCUAAUUGGACUGUCCGUUUUCUUCAUUCUUCAGUUUGCUUCAAAACAAGAAGAAGCGAAAGAACCUCUUAUUGCGACUGAAGAAGAGACUAGUCCUAUCAAUGAAGAGGAAAGCGCGAAUUUUGUCAAACCGAUUUCUUUAACCGAGAAUCAAAAAGACUUGUUUGAUGAAUUCUACUUGAGUCUCGGCUCAUCCGUGGAAGUUGAUGCUUUCUUCGACGGAAAUAAAAGAGCAGCAAUCCUAACAACUACGAGGCUCACAUAUGACGAAUCAAAAGCUUUUUGUUUCAAGCAGAACAGUUCUCUUUUGCGAAAACCGAUCAGCCGAAUCUCGCCGAUUCCUGCGUUUAUUACAAUAUCCAGAUUAAAAUACUGGAUCUACGCUGAAUACACUGCCAAUUACGAGUUCACCGACAUUGACGACGAAAUCCGCCGGAAAAUCGAAAGCGAACUUGAAACAGCAAAGAGAAGAAAAGACUAUGUGCUUAUUUGCCGAGACUGUGCACUUGGAAAACAAGGUCUUGGCUUGCCGGAGGAUUGCCUCAACAAUCAUGUGACUGACGAUGUGACGGAUGAGACUGGAUUCGAAUUCAUCUGCAAAGAGCGAGUUUUCGACGGCGACAAAGUUUUAAUCCAAGUGAACAAAACUGUCAAUUGUGAAUUGCUGAAAAUCAAUGCAUCAUUUCUUGCAAAACACGAUCUUUGGAAUGAUGACAAUGCAAAUUCCCUACUGGAAGGGAAUUCUUGGAAGCGAACAGCAGAAAGACCAUCGAAAAGAGUGACGAUUCUUACUGGAUAUCGCACAAGAGAGAUCCCAACAAAGAAUAUAAGCGAAAAUAUAGGACUGCCGUGGUGUCCGCAUAAUCCAAAUCGCCUGAAAGCAGAGUUGCAAAUUUGCUGA